AUGGUGAUGAUUUCAUCUAGCAACAAGAAACAAUUACAAGAGCAGGUCGCUCGUUUGACAAAUGAAAUUGAAGAACUGAGGCUGGAGAGAGAGGAAUCGAAAAAGAAUGUGCUGCAUUUUAUGCAAGAGGCUGAUACAACUCGCCAAGAACUGAAAAAAGCCUACAAGAUCAUGGAGGGCUUCAAUUUACAACAAGGCUAUCUGUCACCACCACCCGAAUCAGAAGACAUAGAGGCAUCACCUUCGUCCUCAUCCACACUGCUCAAGCUUGUCUCCAAACUGAGCCUCUUGGAUCAAGACAAAUUACUAGCAUUGCUCGCAUGGGUAGACGAGACGGACCACAUCCCAUCCCUCUCACAACUCAAGUCCGCCCAGGUUUCGCUUCAAGAAGAAUUAGAGCAACUACAAGAUGAAUAUCAUGCAACCCGUGGCGCAUUGCAAAUCGAAAAUGAGCGAGCAGAAACCCUUGAAAAGCGAUGGAAAGAAUCUGAAAACGCACUUGAACAAGCUGAAUCUACUCUACAGUCCCUAUCCACAGAAUUGGGCCAUCUUAGACAACAGCAAGAAUGUAGUGACAACAAUAACAAAGCAACCGAUUCGACGGAUAUUAAAUUAAGCCAAGAUUUAUGCAGAUCAAGACAGGAUUUAGCAAUUACUGUCAAACACUAUAAUGACUGCAAGGUGAAACUUGAGGAAACAGAGCUCACUUUGAAGCAUUGGCAGACAAAGUAUGAUGAAAUGAAUGCUGAACAUACUGGCCUUGUAUCAAAGCAAUCGGAUGAACUCAAUCAAGCAAAAAUCCGUGAAAACUACCUCAAAACCAUCAACAAGACAUUGCGUGAUGAAGUACGAAAGAUCAGCAAAGUGCAAGAGGAUCUCGUCAAUAUAGAAUACCUUCGUAAUGUCAUCAUCAAGUUUUUAGAGAGAAAAUGUACAAGGGCCCAACUGAUCCCAAUUCUGACAACACUUUUGAAAUGCACGCGUGAAGAUCAAACUCGACUUGUUGAACUUGUGCGAAACCGAGCCAUUGAAUCCUAA